UAAAUAACAUGUAAUCAUGCCAUAUUCAUAUAAUUGUUUUAUUCGCAUACUCGCUAAUGCACAAAUUCACUGGGUUUGAAAUUUUUUAUCAGAAUUGUACGGAUGUUUACAAUGAUGCUUCAUGUUUUUGUCUUUCUCCGUUUUAUUAAUUUUGCUUUAUUAUUUUUGCAUUGUGUGAUAAAUGCUAAUUGGGUAUGUUCGAUGUUUAAAUAUAUCCAAAGAACACAAUUUUGAUAAAUUGAAUCCAAUUAAAUUCCGAUUUUCCAAAAAUUGUCUUUAUCAAGGCAGUACUACCGGUACCUUUGUGACUGUUUGUACAUUGCUCUAAUUCAACUUACAUCUAUUAACUAUGCUUUGUCUUUAUUUUAUUUGAGUGCCUUAGCAAACCAUGCUUUUUUGUUUUCAGAUUUUACAUUAAUUGAAAUAAAAUUAAUUGAAAGAAACAAAAUGAGUGAUUCGAGUGAUGAGAGUGGGGAGGAAGAGGAGGAAGAAGUGAUUCCAUCGCGUCCUAAAUGGGUUCGAGGAUUAACAGAUUUUACUGAUUUUGCUUUCCAUCCAACUACAUGUAAUAUUACUACAGCUGAUAUGGAUGGAUACCUUGGAAUAUACAAAUAUGAACCUGGUAAGGACUGUGAAAAUCUUCUCAGGAAAAGAUUAAGCAAGAAACCAUUGAGAUCUCUAACUUAUUCAAAAGAUGCUUCCGGAAUAUUUGUAUCAAGUAAAGCUGGUAGUUUGAGGUUGUUCGAUAUUGAAGUUGAAAAAUGUUCACAAGUUCUUAUGAAAGAAGAAAGUCCUUCGUAUUGCAUCUCAGUCAUCAAUCAUAAUUUAGUUGCCAGUGGCGAUGAUGACGGCACACUCAAGGUCUGGGACAUAAGAAAAGGUAGCGAUCCUAUCAUUGAAGAAGACAGAUGCCACGAUUUUAUAAGUUGCAUUGCUGUCGAUAAACAUGGAAAAUUUCUGUUUGCAACUAGCGGUGAUGGUACCAUGUCAACAUUCAAUAUUAAAAGAAGAAAAUUUAUUGUGCAGUCGGAAAAUACAGAAUACGAUAUGUCUUGUGUUGGAGUUAUUAAAGAUAACAAGAAAGUAAUUGUAGGAACAAGCGAGGGACUUCUGUUGUUUUUCAACUGGAAUGAAUUUGCUGCUCCAUCAGAUAGAUUUCCUGGUCACCCCACUGCUGUUGAAUGUCUUACAACUAUCGACGAAAAUGUCAUCUGCACCGGCUCUAUGGAUGGAAUGAUACGAGCUGUUCACCUGUUACCAAAUCGAUUUCUUGGAGUUGUCGGGGAACAUCAUGAUAUGCCGGUCAAUAAGAUAACAGUUUCUUACGACAAGAAAUUUAUAGCAAGUUCUGCAAAUGAUUCCACAAUCAAAUUUUGGACAGUCGACCACUUGCAGAACACAUCAGUAGACGGAACAGCGAAACCCCAGAAAAGCCUGAAAUCAAAAAAACUUGUGAAAUCAGGUGUCAGUGGUGAUAAAUUUUCUUUUAUGUCGGAUCUUGACAAGGACAUGACUGUUCCAACUGUUGAGUCAUCAGAAUCUGAAGAUGAAUCUGAUUCCGAAGUCGAUACUGAAGAUGAUACGUGACCUUCGACCUUCUCACAAAUGUAAAUUGGUUUUAAUAGGAAUUCACUCGAUCAAGCAUGGACCAAAAAGGAAUUAGUGCAUGGUAUGGUUCUGGAUAAGUCAAGGAAGAAGAUCGCGACGAAAUAUGCCAGUGUACAGAAGUGAAGACAAUUUUAAAACUUCUGGUGUUCUAAGUGACCCUAGCAAUAACAUGUGGGUAUAGGGGUACUCCCGUAGUAUGUGUACCAGGUUAGGCAAUAAUUUUAUUCCGAUUUUCAUUAUUUUAGUUCUAUUACGAGUUCGGGGAUUGUCUGUCUGUGUUAGCUAAGUGAAUGUACCCCCUGCCCAUAGGUUUCAGUCUCUUUACACAACUUGAUGUAAAAUAGGCGAACAAAAUUAGUCACCUCCGUAUUGGUACUUCUGGAGCGCCAAUACUGUAACUGUAUUUGUCAUCGAUUGUUUGGAAUGCAUAAAAAAAUUGUGUGUAUGCCCAUAAAAUUUAUCUUGUACAAUGAAUGUUAAAUUAUCUAUGUCACUCACUUUGCACAUUAAGUUUUUUGAAUAUGACAACAACACUAUUUAUAGGUUAUUAUUCUGAGACUUAUUCUUAUUUUAAUAAUAUGUCUCAAAUAUUUCUCUUAU